GGCUUGGUUUGGGGCGGCUGCUUUGGCUGCGGCCCGGCCCGCGGCUGAAGGUUGGAAAGAAAUCCAUACACUCCAUUGACUGGCACUUUCUGCCACCAUGGGGGAGCUUUUCCGGAGUGAGGAGAUGACGCUGGCCCAGCUUUUUCUACAGUCAGAAGCUGCUUAUUGUUGCGUCAGUGAAUUAGGAGAACUGGGAAAGGUUCAAUUUCGUGAUUUAAAUCCAGAUGUGAAUGUUUUCCAGCGGAAAUUUGUGAAUGAAGUUAGAAGAUGUGAAGAAAUGGAUCGAAAGCUUCGAUUUGUUGAGAAAGAAAUAAGAAAAGCUAAUAUCCCAAUUAUGGACACUGGUGAAAACCCAGAGGUGCCCUUCCCCCGGGACAUGAUUGACUUAGAGGCCAAUUUUGAAAAGAUUGAAAAUGAACUGAAGGAAAUCAACACAAACCAGGAAGCUCUGAAGAGAAACUUCCUGGAACUGACUGAAUUAAAAUUUAUACUUCGCAAAACUCAGCAGUUUUUUGAUGAGAUGGCGGAUCCAGACUUGUUGGAAGAGUCCUCGUCCCUCUUGGAGCCAAGUGAGAUGGGAAGGGGCACACCGUUAAGACUUGGCUUCGUGGCUGGUGUGAUUAACCGGGAGCGCAUCCCUACUUUUGAGCGCAUGCUUUGGCGGGUGUGCCGGGGGAAUGUGUUCCUGCGACAGGCUGAAAUCGAGAACCCCCUGGAGGAUCCUGUGACUGGUGACUACGUGCACAAAUCUGUAUUCAUCAUUUUCUUCCAAGGCGAUCAGCUGAAAAACAGAGUCAAGAAAAUCUGUGAAGGGUUCCGGGCCUCACUCUAUCCCUGUCCUGAGACACCACAGGAGAGAAAGGAAAUGGCUUCUGGAGUUAAUACCAGGAUUGACGAUCUCCAAAUGGUUCUGAAUCAAACAGAGGACCACCGCCAGAGGGUUCUGCAGGCGGCUGCUAAGAACAUCCGUGUCUGGUUCAUCAAGGUGCGGAAGAUGAAGGCCAUCUACCACACCCUGAAUCUGUGCAACAUAGACGUGACCCAGAAGUGCCUGAUCGCCGAGGUCUGGUGCCCUGUCACCGACCUCGACUCCAUCCAGUUUGCACUCAGAAGGGGCACGGAACACAGUGGCUCCACUGUGCCCUCUAUCUUGAACAGGAUGCAAACAAAUCAGACUCCCCCAACCUAUAACAAAACGAACAAGUUCACAUACGGCUUUCAGAACAUAGUAGAUGCUUACGGAAUCGGGACUUACAGAGAGAUAAACCCAGCUCCAUAUACCAUCAUCACUUUCCCUUUCCUGUUUGCUGUGAUGUUUGGGGACUUUGGCCAUGGCAUUUUGAUGACCCUCUUUGCUGUAUGGAUGGUGUUAAGGGAGAGCCGGCUUCUCUCCCAGAAGAACGAGAAUGAGAUGUUUAGCACUGUGUUCAGUGGCCGGUACAUUAUUCUACUGAUGGGUGUGUUUUCCAUCUACACUGGCCUCAUCUACAAUGAUUGCUUUUCCAAGUCUCUUAAUAUCUUCGGGUCAUCCUGGAGCGUACGGCCAAUGUUCUCUUUGUAUAAUUGGACGGAUGAGACACUUCGGGGGAACCCUGUUCUACAGUUGAAUCCAGCUGUCCCUGGAGUUUUUGGUGGACCAUACCCUUUUGGCAUUGAUCCAAUCUGGAACAUUGCUACCAAUAAACUGACCUUUCUCAACUCCUUUAAAAUGAAGAUGUCUGUUAUCCUUGGCAUCAUUCACAUGAUGUUUGGAGUCAGCCUGAGCCUCUUCAACCAUACCUAUUUCAAGAAACCCCUGAAUAUCUACUUUGGAUUUAUUCCUGAAAUAAUCUUCAUGACCUCUUUGUUUGGCUACUUGGUUAUCCUCAUAUUUUACAAGUGGACAGCCUAUGAUGCUCAUACAUCUGAGAAGGCGCCAAGCCUUCUGAUUCAUUUCAUAAACAUGUUUCUCUUUUCCUACGGUGACUCUAGUAAUGCGAUGCUUUAUUCUGGACAGAAAGGAAUUCAGUGUUUCCUGGUAGUGGUCGCGCUACUGUGUGUACCUUGGAUGCUACUAUUUAAACCACUGGUCCUUCGCCAUCAAUAUUUGAGGAGGAAGCAUUUGGGAACUCUCAACUUUGGUGGGAUCAGGGUGGGCAACGGACCGACAGAGGAGGAUGCUGAGAUUAUUCAGCAUGACCAGCUCUCCACCCAUUCAGAGGACGCAGAAGAGCCUACCGAGGACGAAGUGUUUGACUUUGGGGACACCAUGGUCCACCAGGCCAUCCACACCAUCGAGUACUGCCUGGGCUGCAUCUCCAACACCGCCUCUUACCUGCGGCUCUGGGCCCUCAGCCUCGCUCAUGCACAGCUGUCUGAGGUGCUUUGGACCAUGGUGAUCCACAUCGGCCUCAGCGUGAAGAGCUUGGCAGGAGGUUUGGCGCUGUUCUUCAUUUUCGCCGCCUUUGCCACCCUGACCGUGGCCAUCCUCCUGAUCAUGGAGGGCCUCUCGGCCUUCCUCCACGCGCUGCGGUUACACUGGGUCGAGUUCCAGAAUAAAUUCUACAGCGGAACCGGUUUCAAGUUCCUACCCUUCUCCUUUGAGCACAUUCGGGAAGGGAAGUUUGACGAGUGA